AUGGCGACCAAAUCCUCGUCGGCGACAUUCGGUAUUCAUGUUCGGCCCCUUUCGGCCAUGAGAGUGGAGUGGAAAAGUGCUCCCAGCAUACGACCAGUUCCAGCAUUUUCCAUAGAGUCCUUGCAGAAGAACACAUACGUGAUGGGCCCUCCCAAGGCGCAAAAACAUAAACACAUGAUUCAACCGAAGGCGACUUCCUUCCGGAUGUACUACGACCGAGGGGAUCUGCCCAUUAAAAUGGAAUACCUGACUGGUGGUGACAAGAUUGCCUGGACGGUGGAUAUCGACAAACUGGAUUACGGUCUGUAUCUGCCUUUGUUCUUCGAUGGUCUAUCGGAAACGCGCCACCCGUACAAAACCUACGCCCGGCAGGGCGUACAGGACCUUUUGACGCACGGAGGCGAUAAAAUAUAUCCCGUCAUUCCGCAGCUUAUUAUACCGAUAAAAAACGCCCUUAACACACGAAACAUCGAGGUCAUGUGCGUUACAUUGAAAAUCAUUCAGCAGCUAGUGAUGGCGUCCGAUCUGGUUGGUCCCGCUUUGGUGCCCUUCUACCGUCAGUUACUGCCGAUGUUUAACGCUUACAAAGUCAAAAACAUAAAUUCCGGCGACGCGAUCGACUACGGCCAGAAGAACAACAUGAACGUGGGGGACCUGAUUGACGAAACGCUCCAGGUGCUGGAACGCCACGGCGGAGAAGAUGCCUUCAUCAACAUCAAGUAUAUGGUUCCGACGUACGAGUCGUGCUAUUUGAACUAG